GAGUUUUUCGGGUAAAUUUAUUAAAAUUUCAAAUACUGACGUCCUGAAAAAUCAUGAUUUUUUCAUUAUUUUUUUUCAUUCAAGUUUUGCAUUACGCAAGCGCUGGCUUCAAAGUUGACACACAAGAUUUGCGAUUUCUAGUUGGUGAAGAAAAAUCAUUUGAUCUUUAUUUGACAGAAAAAUUACCUAGUGAAGCGACUGUGAUAUUGAGCUCUACACAAGCAGGUCUAGUUAAAAUAAGACCUUCAGUGUUCAACAUAACUAAGAAUGAUCAAAAUUUACAUUGGAAUAUCAGUGUGACGGCUUUAUCACCUGGGUAUUUUGUGAUCAGUACUAAUGUGACUCCCGAUAUUACAGAUAUUUCUAGUGCAUUUGUCGUGGUAACAAUAGAAAAAUCGCUAUUUGUAUUUUACUUAAGCGAUGUUGUCGGUUGGAUCUACUUCCUAACAUGGACCAUAAGUUUUUACCCUCAAGUAUACGAAAAUUACAAGCGAAAAAGUGUGGUAGGAUUUAGUUUCGAUUUUUUAGCGCUCAAUAUUGUCGGAUUUGUUAUGUACGCCCUAUUUAACUGCGGGCUUUAUUGGAUACCAGAAAUCGAAAGACAAUAUUCCGAGCGAUAUCCAAGAAGUUUGAUCCCAGUACUAUUCAACGAUGUUUUUUUUUCAAUUAAUGCUGUUGCAGCUAAUUUACUAAUCAUAUGGCAAUGUUUUAUUUAUGAGAUUGGCUCGCAAAGGGUUUCUAUCACCGCGAAAACAAUCAACGGAAUAUUUGGAAUACUCGCAGUAGUUUCACUUGCAUUAUCUAUCGCAAAAGUAACUCUGUGGCUCGAUUUUUUCUAUUUAUGUAGCUAUAUAAAGCUAGUAAUAACAAUAAUCAAAUAUAUACCGCAAACAUACUCUAAUUGUGUGAGGAAAUCCACAUCUGGUUGGAGUAUUGCUACUACUCUCUUGGAUAUUACCGGUGGAAUUCUCUCUAUGCUUCAAAUGAUAUUGAACUCUUACAAUUACAAUGACUGGGAAAGUAUCUACGGCGAUAUCACUAAAUUCGGGCUUGGUUUAAUUUCAACUGUGCUUGACGCAGUUCUUAUUUUCCAGCAUUACGUACUCUAUAGGUAUGAGCCUCAGCUGAUAAAGUCUCAUUCGUUCAUAGAUGUUUUGACAUGAAGAUAUUGCAAUCAAUCUUGAAUUUUUCCAAGGAGUCAACUGAUA